AUGGCAACCACGGCCGCCGCCGCGCUAAGCAUGAAGCUCCUCAUCGACAGGAAGGCCAGGCGGGAGCUCUUCGCCGAGGCGACCAAGGAAGUCAUGGACUUCCUCUUCUCCCUCCUCGCGCUUCCCGUCGCCACGGCGGUGAAGCUGGUCGGGAAGGAGGCCAUGGUCGGCUGCGUCGGCAACCUCUACGCCAGCGUCGACAAGCUGGACUCCACCUACGUGCAGGCCGACGCCGCCAAGGACGCGCUGCUCUGCCCGACCGUGCUGUCGCCGGCAGCGAGCACCAACAGCUCCCUCCUCCACCUGCCGGAGAAGUCUCCUGUGCAGCCCAAGACUUUCUACAGCAGCUCCGGCCAGGUGGUGGCGCAGAGCGCGGCGAAAGGGUUCGCGCAGGGCAUCGUGACGUACACGGUGCUGGACGACCUGACGGUGACGCCCAUGUCCGCCAUCUCCAGCAUCACCCUGCUCAACACCUUCGCCGUGAGGGACCUCGGCGACCUGCAGGAGAAGAACGUGCAGCUGAGCUACAACGAGGUCGAUCACUGCACUGCUGGAUCUUUCAUUAAUGCGUUUAUAUCAAUUGUUGUUGGAUUUUGA